AUGAGUUUGCCAAUAUUUAUUAAAUCUCUUAGGCGAACUUUAUUUAGGUAUUCUGGCUUUAGAUAUGCUUCAACUAGCAUUAAAUCCUUACAAGAUAACGCUUUCCAAAGCUUUUCAAAAAGAGAUAGAAGAUUUGAAAGAAAAAACAAUAAUAAAUUCGAGUUAGAUAAAAAAUCAGCUAAAGAAAAUUCUGAAAUGAAGGAGGAAUCUAAAGAAAUCCAAUCUGAAGCAAAUAAAAAUGUAAAAGAUGGCAAAGAAGAUAAGCCUGCUAAAAAAGAUAAAUAUUUUUCAGUUUUUGUAGGAAACCUUUCAUGGGAUGCGAAAGAAGAGCAUGUAGAGUCUCUGUUUUUGCCCUAUGGCAAGCCAAUUUGAAUUUCUUUUCUUAAAGACAACGAAACUGGAUACUCAAAAGGUGCAGCCUUUGUCAAAUACAAAGAUGAAAAGAAGGCUUUGGCUUCUUUAGAAUUGAAUGGAAAAGUGCAUAUGGAGAGAACUCUUCAAGUUAAUAUGGCAAGCGAUAAAGAAGCUCUAGAAAAGCAUAAAGCAAUGAUAAUAAGUAGGACAAGUUCCACUAUAUAUGUCAGCAACUUGCCAUAUAAAUUAAGAGAUGAAAAUUCAUUCAGGGAGCUUUUUUCAAAAUGUGGGAAAAUAGUUAAGGUGACUUUUCCAAAAGAUGAGGAUGGGAAAUACUUGCAUUAUGGAUUUGUUGAGUUUGCAAGGCCUCAAAGUGCUAAAAUUGCUCUUGGAAUAAAAAAUCCAAUGUAUGGGGGAAGAAAAUUGAGAAUUAAAUUAGCAGAAUUGAAAGAGGAAAAUAAUUAUGAUGAAUAA